AAUCGUGAAUGGACCCAAAAAUAGACAAGUUUGGUCGAUUAAUGCUUCUGUUUUGUUUUGACCGUCUUUUCCCGUUCUUUGACUGCGUUUUCUUGCUGGUACUAGUCUCUAAACUUGUGUUUGGACAGGAUUAGAAACGGAAAUGAUGGAUAAAGACGGAGUGGUUGUGCUGUUAGUUUUGUUGAACGUGCUUUUUAUCUAUACGGAUGCGUUCAGAAGAGAUACCGCAGACAGACAGUCGAGAUCCGAGGGGGGGUUCUGCCGGAUCUUUCGGACGCAAACGCGGGGCGCUCGGAGAGACGGACAGAACGAGUUUCGCCUCAGAGUUGAAGGAGACCCAGAAACUUACCAACCCGGGAGCACUUACAGAGUGAGUUUGUAUGCCUCCAGCCCAUCUUACUUUCGUGGCUUUACCCUCAUUGCUCUGAAGGAAGGAAGGGAGGGCGUCACUCCUGAUGAUUAUGCUGGCACUUUCAAGGUGAGGAAUUGCAGUGACCCCGUAUAACUGCCUUGAACUGUG